CGCGUUCUUCUCUUUCAUCUUUCUUCUCUUCCAGCUUUCUUCUCUCUUCUCAACAGGAGCUCCGGGAAAAAAAAACCAGAGCUAAAAGAAACACAAAUCGGAUGUUAUCACAAUAACAGGAUCCUGCAGUUCAGAGAUGGUGAAACAUCGUGAUAAAGAUGUUGGCUGUAACGAAACCAGUGAUAACGAUGAUUUUGUGAAGCCGCUUAAGAAAACGAGUAAGAAAACUGAGAACCCAAAAACAAGGAAGGAAUGUGCUGAAACCUGCAAAAACAAAGGCAACAAAUCAGAAUAGACAAAACCUUUCAGAGCAAAUUUUGGUCCUUUGCAUGACCUCUUCCGUGACCUCGAGAAUAGGGGGCAACUGCUAACCAAGGAACUGAUAAAAGCUCUUGAGGCCACACCGUUUCGUGACAUGGUUCGAGUGUUCAUAGAUAAUAAGAUUAGCAAAGAGGAGUUAUGUAAGAGUAACCAUGGACUAGAAAUGCUAAUACAAACUUUUAUGGACAGUAUGGUUUCAAUACCGUAGAAGGACAUGAAUUGUUUAUCUCGACACCGGAAGACAUGGCCGUUGAUCUUGGAUUGCAGAUAAUUGAGAAUAGUAUUGAGAACAAAUUAAUAAAUGAAACGAAAGUCACCCCGAGCACAAAUGAUUUGUGUAAAAUAUACAAGUUUGGAGAAACAUCUCCACCAGUAGUUAGGAGUACUGAAGUUCAAGUAGCUAUAGUAGAUGCAAUCAAAAAUGGCAGGGUUGAAGAUUUUACGAGGCUCGUUGUUUUCUACAUGUGCCAAACAAUUUUUUUCACAAAAACGGGUAAUUUUAGUCUUCCGUGUAGUUACUUGAUUUACGUGAAAAGUCUGGAUGUAAUCAACAGAAUCAGUUGGCCUCAUCUUAUUCAUAAUUCCCUAAUGAAAAGUAUUGAAUCCAACAAAAGGGGAUGUUAGACGUAUCACCGGAUGCACUUUCUAUCUGCUGUUCCAAGAAGGGGAGGUGAGAAAUCAAUAGUCCCUAGAUUUGCAAGAUGGGAUGUUUGGAAUAUAUCGAACGCUAUUUCGGUACUCGAAAAAUUCCCAUAUAAAUUAUCAGAGGCAGGAAUAUUUGAAUUUGGUCCUAGUUUAACAAUUCCGUUGGAUGUCGCCGAAAGGAAGUUGAUAAAUCCUAUAAAGCAGCUAUCAAGGUUGCAAACAGAACAAGAUAAAGUUAUGAAUCUGGAGAAGGAGAAUGUUGAUUUGAUUAUAGAAAAGGAGGAAUGGAUAAACACUCAACGUGGAAUUUUAGGAAGGUUUUGUAGUGAAAAGAACAGAUUGAUAGCAAAGAGUAAACGACUAAAGGUUGAUGUUAAGCGUGAAAUAUAUAAGGUCAUGGAGGGAACACUAGAUGAAAUUUUCAAGAGCUUGGAUGAAAUAUCAAAGGACUAUGAACAAGUGCAAGAGCACAAUGAUCAACCGCAAGGGAUGGAAGCGCCACAAGAAGAGUAUGAUAUAGGACCAGAUGAGUAUGGGAGAAAAAAACCAGACACGGAAACAUUUCUUCCGCGUACAACAACUGGUGGGGAUACAACUGAAGAUGGUUCUGGAUUAUUCUCAAUCGGUCUCACCCAGUAUUUCAACGAACAAGGAUCAAAAGGAGAUGAUGUGGCCGACUUUGAUAGUCCAAAAAAAAGGACCAAGGAUGAAGAAAAACAACGAAGUACAUGUCAGCUCAUUAGUCAGGGGAGUGAAAACCAGAUCAUCAAGGCCGGAAAAAGGUAUUGGAGCAGAUUUUACCCCGGGUGGUCUGGGGAAGAAAAAGGAAAGUAAACAUAUAGUGAAUUACAGCACAGAAAAUUACAAGCAAUUUGAAAAAUUGAAAUUUUACAAAGACAUGAAAAAGGGGGAUAGAGAGGCUUUACAAUCGUACUUUAAGCGGACAACCCCUUCGUAUUUUGCAUGGAGAUUGAUUGACCAUGAUGGGGGAGUAUUAUUCUCUGUAUUGGGGAUGCAUGUUCAAGAUCUUGUUGAUAAUGGCUUUCUUGAGGGCGAGUUACUGGAAUACUACAUGCACAAGCUCCAUAAAAUAUGUUUUUAUGAAGCCGGGAGCACUAGCAAGAACUACUGCAAUCAAAUGAUGAAGAUGGUGUUAAUGAAUAUAUCCGCGACUUCAUCCUACGUAACCCAGACGAUGUGACAGAACUGUUCAUCCCAAUAUUUACAAGAUCAGCCUCGCACUGGACGCUUCUCCACUUCAAUUUCUCUGAUCACCGUUGGAAGCACUACAACUCCUUGUCGAAUAUUAACACCAAAAAGGCAUGCUAUACUACUGCGGAACUCAUGAUGGAUGCUUGUAAUCUUCCUAUUAGGCAAAGAAAUAUGAAUCAUCGAGCUACCAUCUCGCCAGAGAUCGACCAAAUUAUGGACACACCUUUUUCUGCACAUGUUUGUACUCAACAGAAGAAAUCUGAUUGUCUGCUUUUCGUAUACUACUUUAUGAAACGUAUCAUGAUAGGAGAAGAUAGACUCCCACGGGAAAGAAGCGAAGUGCUGUAGAAAAUUAAAGAAAAGCGGAUCAAAAUGGCAGUUAAACUAGUGACUGAUAAGGAUCAUAACAAUCUUACUUAGGAUUCUGGUUUUACUUUGACUGACAGCACGGUUAAAUUAAAGUUAGACUUUUUUUUUUGGUUUAAUAAUUAAGAUACUUGCAAGAACCUCAAAUGUUGCAGAAGCUUAUUUUACUGAUUUCGGUUCAAGCAAUCUCAAUUUUUUUGAUUCAA